AUCCACUAUUGAAUACACGUUUAUUUUCACUUUCUCUCUCUAGCGGUUUUUCUCUCUCCUCCGUCCGUUUUUGUUUCCGCGUGCGCGCUCAAUUCAUCACACCCUGUGAUCAACCCUACCUUUCCCUUCUCCUCUGAUCCUUUUUCAUCCCUAAUUUUGGGAUCUAGGGUUUUCCUUUCAAUUUUCUCUUCCAUUUUCUGUAUUUCGUUUAGGGUUUCUUUUUUUUUUUCUUCCCUUCAAUUCGGUUGUUUUGUUUCUCUAUUUUGUUUCGUUGAUUUGAGAAAAAUAUAAAAAAGAUUCGAUUUCUUGUUGUUUUGAGAGAUCAUGGGGAGUUCUGAAGGGAUGGGUGCAUCGUCAAAGCCUGCGAACGCUCCGUCGCAGGCGGCGGCGCCGCCGGAGAAACAAUAUGGUGUCACAAAGCCGAUUUCAAUGGCUGGGCCAAGCGUGGCUGAUUUGAAACGCACUCAGAAAUUGGAGAAGUUUCUGGCUGAUUCUGGACUAUAUGAGGGUAAAGAGGAGGCUUCCAAGAGAGUUGAGGUCCUUCAGCGGCUUGAAGAGAUUGUAAAAAAUUGGGUUAAGCAGCUAACUCGUCUGAAGGGGUACACUGAUCAAAUGGUCCAAGAUGCAAAUGCUCUCAUAGUCACUUUUGGUUCUUAUCGGCUUGGCGUUCAUGGUCCUGGUGCUGACUUAGAUACACUUUGUAUUGGGCCAUCCUAUGUGAACCGAGAGCAUGAUUUUUUCUACACAUUGCAUGAGAUCCUAGCUGCUGUGGAUGAAGUUACUGAACUACAACCAAUUCCGGAUGCCCAUGUUCCAGUUAUGAGGUUCAAGUUUGAUGGAAUAUCGAUCGACCUUCUUUAUGCUAGUAUUUCUCGUUUGGUUGUACCUGAAGAAUUGGACAUAUCUGAUGUCUCUGUUCUACACAAUGUUGACGAGCCUACAGUUCGAAGUUUGAAUGGUUGUAGGGUUGCAGAUCAAAUUCUAAAGCUUGUUCCAAAUGUUGAGUACUUUCGAACAACACUUCGCUGCUUGAAGUAUUGGGCCAAAAGACGAGGUCUUUAUUCCAAUGUAACUGGUUUUCUUGGUGGUGUGAACUGGGCACUUCUUGUAGCCCGAGUGUGCCAGAUGUAUCCAAAUGCUGUUCCGAGCAUGCUUGUCUCCCGGUUCUUUAGGGUAUAUACACAGUGGAGGUGGCCAAAUCCUGUUAUGUUAUGUCCAAUAGAAGAGAACGAGCUUGGGUUUUCAUUGUGGCACCCUCGCAAAAAUCCUCGUGAUCGAACCCAUCUUAUGCCAAUCAUCACUCCUGCCUAUCCAUGCAUGAAUUCAAGUUAUAAUGUUUCUACAAGCACCCUUCGGGUUAUGAUGGAGCAGUUCCAACAUGGCAACAAAAUCUGUGGGGAUAUAGAUAUGAAUAAAAGCUGCUGGAGGGCUCUGUUUGAACCAUACCUUUUCUUUGAAGGCUACAAAAACUUCUUGCAAAUUGACAUAGUUGCUGCUGAUGUUGAUGACUUGCGGAAUUGGAAGGGUUGGGUGGAAUCACGCCUUCGACAGCUGACUUUGAUGAUUGAACGUGAUACUUUUGGGAAGUUGCAGUGUCAUCCAUAUCCUCGGGAGUAUAUUGAUCCUUCAAAGAAAUGUUUACAUAAUGCUUUCUUCAUGGGUCUUCAGAGGAAAGAGGGAGAAGUUGUUCAAGAAGGCUGUCAGUUCGAUAUACGUGCGAGUGUUGAAGAAUUUCGGCAUUCUGUUAAUAGCUACAUGUUCUGGAAACCUGGAAUGGAUAUUCAUGUUUCGCACAUCCGUAGAAGGCAAAUCCCAUGUUAUGUGUUUCCCAAUGGUUUAAAACGAUCUCGACCAUCAAGGUCAACAGCACAACUGAAGAAGUCUCCUACAUCAUUUCAUGGAAAUGAGUUAUCUCCGACUGAACAGGGUGAGAAGAACUUUAAGAGGAAGCAUGAUGACAGAGGGAUGGGGCAGAAUGUUGUACUGAAAAAGCAUUGUGUUAGUCCUCCUGUGGAUAGCUUGACCGGAGGCAAUCCAUGCCUCCAUGCUGGUGACAUGCCCGUUCAUGCCGUAACUGAUUGUCUAGAGUUGAAAAAUGUUACGAGUAUGAGUUUGUCCAAUUGUGAGCAAGAUCAGUUUGAUAACCGAAUGUCUCCAGAAUCUGGGACUGAAUCUGCAUCAAAUUCAAGUGGAGUUACAUCUGUUUCAAGUAAUGGUGGUUCUUCUCCUGAAGAUGUUGGGUCUGCACCGCCGGGAGCUUUUGUUGAGGAUAGUGCCAUGGCUGUUGAGGCAACAAUCAGUGGUAGAUUUGAAGAUACGACGAUUUACAUGGAAGAUUCUGUUAAACUUGGAAACAAUACACUGGCGGGUAGAAAUAAUGACGUAUUACAAAAUGAGCUAAAGGCACAGUUGGAGCCAAUUGCAAUGUCAGGGAUGUUUCUUGAUGCCAAGGGAACCUUUGACAAAGAUACUGUGCAAAAUACAGUGAUAAGGAGACUGAGUUUAACAUCGACAGCGUAAUUCAACAUGCUAAUCCAUUUGGUAUUAUUCGGAGAAAGCCAGCAAUUUGUUUGUAGACCAAGCGACGCACAACACGAAAUCCACACGUGUUUAAAGUAUCAGAUGCACAUUUCACACAAGUUUGAAGUAUCAGAUUCGUAUAACUUUAAAGUACCAGAUGCACAAUUCACACAAGUUUAAAGUAUCAGAUUCAGAUAUGGAUGAAAGUAUUCAACUCAGCAAUAGUAGUAUUGGUAGAUGUUGUGCGGGCUCAAUCUUAAGUAGGAUUCACCAGAUUGUUGAGAAAAAGAAAAUUAGAAAAGCAAGAAAAAGAAAAGUAGAAAAAAAGGGAAUUAGUUUUAGUUUCAUUUUUGGCUCACGUGCCCAUGUGGAAUUUAAAGGAUGUUAUUGGGGUUAUUAGUAGACUUGGAUGUAACUAUUAUCUUACAUAGUGGAUUAUUUUACU